AUGUCACACUCUUCGUCGAAGUCCGCACGCCCACAUCACCUUACUUGCAUCUCUCCCGCCCACAUCACCCGCGCCCACAUCACCCUAUUUGCAUCCCCGCCCACAUCAUCCCCGCCCACACCACCCCCUAAAUCUGCCCCACCAUCAUCCCCGCCCACAUCCCUCCCUUACAUCUCUCCCGCCCACAUCACCUACGCCCGCGUGUCCCCCCACCCACAUCCCUCCCUUACAUCUCUCCCGCCCACAUCACCUACGCCCACGUGUCCCCCCGCCCACAUCCCGCCCUUACAUCUCUCCCGCCCACAUCACCUACGCCCACGUGUCCCCCCGCCCACAUCCCGCCCUUACAUCUCUCCCGCCCACCAUCACCCCCGCCCACGUGCCCCCCCGCCCACUUUGCCCAUCCUCCGCCCUCGCCCGAAGUAA